AUGUCCAUUAUCAGCAGCAGCCCGUCGUUAGACAGCAUCUCGCUGGCGCCCUCAUCUUCCCCGCCGCGCAGGGGACGACGCUGUUCUCCCAUGUCACGCCCCGACAGCAGCUCUCCCCACUACGCCACCCCUCAGUUUAUCAUGCCCAGUCUCGCCGUGCCACAGCGUCGGCCAUUUUCUGAGGCUGGCAAGUCUGUUGGCAAGCUCAAAAUAUUCGUCGCUGGUCGCCUAGGAAUCGGCAAGACGUCACUCAUCCAUGCCAUGGCUCACUGCUGCGAGCAUAUAGUUCACCUAGACCCUGUUGCAUCGACAGUCAACGAUGCAUUUAGGGAGAUGUGGGCGAGUACCAAGCCGCGUCCGUGGUGGCGAGACGAACUGGAGCCCACCUUGGCAGGUAGCAGGAGGAGGUCUUCUGUGGGCGAGAUCCUGGAGAGGAAUAUCUGCUUUGUUGUGCAAUCCUCUUCUCAAAGCUCCACAGCCAAACGCUAUGUCGAGAGCGACUACGUUGAUGCCCAGCUAUCUCCGCUGCUGUCCAAACCCAUAGACGACUCUGACUUGCGGACCAUUCUCAGCGAAGGAGGAGCACCUAUUGUCGAUGUCGUCUUGUACAUGAUACCACAUACAGGUCUUGAGCAUGAUGAUAUUGACUGCAUCAAGUCCCUACAGGACAAGACCAAUGUAGUGGCUCUACUGGCGCGCUCCGAUGAACUAGACAGUGGAACCAUAUAUGCAUCGAAGCAAAAGAUACGAGAGCAGAUUGAUGAGCACAGUCUAGACUGUUUCACGUUCGUGGCACCAGAUCUGACUCCAGACAUCCCCGACAUCUUCUCAGUUUCUAGUGUCACAAUGACGGAUCACGGCAUCAUGGAUGCCAGCGUCCUCAUGAACUCAGGCUACGUACAGCCUUUGCUCACAACGGAUCUCGGCCAGCUGGUGAACCAUGUCUUCUCGGCAGACGGAUGCGCUCGGCUAAGGGAUUCGGCAGCUGCAAAGUGCAUACAAUGGCGCCGCACCCAGGACCGGGGCUUUUACUUAGACAUGGCGCUGAUGCGUCGCGACCCGGCGGACUACGCUUUGAGCCCCAUUCUCACGACCAAUCCCUUUAUGCAGCACCGAUACUGGGGCCGGAUCGAACUGUCCAACUGGGCACAGGGGUUACGAAACAGCCUGCAUACCGAGCAGAUGGACCGCGUGGACUGCUGGGCAUAUGCAGCCGGCUGA